AUGCUGCUCAUUGAAAAUGCGAGCUGGCUUCGAGACCACAAAAUUGAGGACAAUGUCAUUUUCCCCUGUGCCGGCUAUGUUUCAAUGAUCGGUGAAGGAAUUCGGCAGAUCAGUGGAUCACAAGCUUCCUUUACAUUGCGAAAUGUCGUGCUCAGUUCAGCCCUCGUGUUAUCGGAGGAUGCACCUGCUGAGCUAGUCACUACUUUCCGUCCAGUUCGCCUGACCGAUUCAAUGGAUAGCCAGUGGUGGGAUUUCACAAUUGCAUCUCACAACGGAAAUAUCUGGAUGAAGCAUUGCACAGGGCAGGUUGCAUCUAAGAAGAUACCUCCCGUGCAUAAGCCAGGCGAAGAUCUGCUCCCAAGAAAGGUACAGCGGCGGAAGUACUAUGAUGUUCUCUCUCGCGCAGCUAUCGGUUACGGACCACACUUCCAGCGCCUUGAAGACAUUCGAACCGGUACAGUAGAUAAUCGCACUAGGGGACGUGUCGAGGCGAAGCAUUACCGGCGAGUGCCAACGAAGAUUGACAGGGUGACUGUCCAUCGCUGCGACCCAGCUGCAGGUAUCAAGGUCUCGGCAUCGGCCGUGUUCAUUAAGGGUAGUGGCGACGUUGUCAGCCGCGUACAAUGCAUAUCAAAUGGAGUCAUUGUGUUAGACAUGGAGGGUGACAAACUCUCGCCAUUGGAGGAAGCUGAGGAACUAGGAACAACCAAGCCCAUUACAUCUGCACGUCUCACCUGGGGACCACACAUCGACUUCCUGGACGUCACUCGUCUCAUAAAGCCUGAGAUUCCCAGCCGUCUGUAUACUCCAACUCUCGACGAGCUCGCCCGCCUGUGUCUGGUAUAUUCGAAACGACUGAUUGAGGGGGCUCAAACCAGUCUCCCCCAUAUGGCCAAGUACAUGGAUUGGAUUGCACGAGAGGUCCGUGGCUAUGGGGACCAGUCGCCAAUUUUUGCGAUGGAUGGCGUUUCCAUUAGAAGGCAAAUUGACAACUUGGUGCAAAAGAUGACUGGGACACCAGUGGAGGACUGUGCUGCUGCCGUCCAGAAAGUGGUCAACAACCUGGAUGGCCUGUUGUCUGGGGAGACGGAUGCUCUGGAAUUAUUGCUGGCCGACAAUACUCUUACAAAGCUAUACAUUGCCACGGACGCUAUAGACCGGUCUCAAUUUAUCCGCCACCUAGCCCACAGCAAGCCCAAUCUUCGCAUUCUCGAGGUUGGCGCAGGCACAGGGGCAUCCACGGCCAGCAUGUUGAAGCAUUUGGUUUUGCCUACUGGGCAGCCUCUGUACUCAAAGUACGCGUUCACCGACAUUUCUUCCGCAUUCUUCGUCUCCGCAAAGGAUCACUUCAAGGACUAUCGCAAUAUUGAGUACCGUGUUCUGGACAUCAGCCAGAACCCAGCCGAGCAAGGAUUCGAAGAGGAUAAAUUUGACCUUAUUAUCGCCACCAAUGUCCUUCACGCCACGAAGAGUCUAAAUGAGACUCUGAGGAAUGUGCGCCAUGUGCUCUCCCCUGGUGGCAGACUACUUCUCCAUGAGCUUGACUCUGCCUCCAAAUGGCCUAACUUCAUUUUCGGCACUCUACCAGGUUGGUGGUAUGGUGGGCCAGACGGUCGCCCCGAUCAACCCUAUGUUACCCCAACUCGAUGGGAGUCGGAGCUCAGAGAUGCGGGUUUCAAUGGGCUGGAUGCAGUCGUACAUGAUGCUGAGGAAGGAUAUCAACUGAAUUCUAUCAUGGUUGCAAGCCCACAAAUCGACAAAGGGCCAGUCAACAAGACAAUCUCCAUUUUGUGUGAUGAUGUUGCUACCUAUUUGACGCCCCUGUCCAGAGUUCUGGAGGCUCGAGGCUUCACAGUCCAGCCGUAUCGACUUGGCCAGGAACUGCCGGCAGGUCAAGACGUCAUUUCUCUUCUUGAUGCUGCACGGCCCUUCUUCAAAGAUAUUGACGAAUCUCGCUUCACAUCUUUCCAGCGGGUAUUGGACAACCUUGGACAGUCUGCGCUGUUUUGGGUGACAGAGCCAUGUCAAAUCCAGUGUAGAGACCCCAACUAUGCUCAGGUUAUUGGAACCGCUCGUACCAUCCGUACUGAGAUGCUGUUGGACUUCGCCACAUGCGAAGUGGAUCACCUUGGAUCUUCCUUGGAGAAAGUUGUUGAUGUCUUUUCAAAGUUCCAAAGAAGAGCGGAGGAUGAGACUUUCAAGCCUGAAUACGAGUAUUCCAUUUGCGACGGCACCGUUAACGUCAGCAGAAUCUAUCCCUUCUCUUUGACCGAUGAACUUUCCUCGACUACCAUUUCGGAAGAACGAAUCGGCCUCGACAUGGGCAAGCCGGGACGUCUUAAUACCCUGAGAUGGGCUCCACGGGAGAAGAAGAUACUCCAAAGCGACGAUGUAGAGGUGCAGCUUCACGCAGCUGGCCUGAACUUCAAGGAUGUCUUGGGCUCAUUGGCAGUUGUCCCCUACCCUGAGGAUGGUUUAGGAAUUGAGUCGAGUGGCAUUGUGUGCCGUGUUGGUCCCUGUGUCACGAAUCUUCGCAUAGGCGAUCGGGUCAUGCUCUUAGGUGAUGGCUCCUUUGGGUCACACGUUGUCACUCCGGAGAGACUUUGCGCCAAGAUUCCCGCCGGCCUUAGCUUUGAAGAUGCUGCGAGUAUGCCUGCGGUCUUCGCCACUGCAGUUUUCUCCCUGUUCCAUAUUGGGAAGCUACAGAAGGGACAAUCCGUCCUUAUUCACAGUGCCUGUGGCGGUGUUGGUCUGGCUGCUAUCCAGCUUGCUCGUAUGGUAGGAGCUGAUAUUUAUGCAACCGUCGGAAGCGAGGAGAAGAUCAACCAUCUUGUCGAAAACUUUGGUCUUCCAAAGAACCGAAUUUUCCACUCCAGGGACACCAGCUUUGUGAAAGGAAUCCUGCGUGAAACGAACGGAGAAGGUGUGGCUCUCGCUUUGAACUCUCUAUCUGGAGAGCUUUUGCAUGCAACUUGGCGUUGUGUAGCCGAGUUUGGCACUCUGGUUGAGAUCGGAAAGCGUGACUUCCUCGGCGGCGGUAAACUUGACAUGGAUGUGUUCCUCGGCAGUCGAACCUACGCAUGCUUCUACCUUGAUGCACUCAUGGCAAGAAGACAGUCAAAGGUCAAGGAGCUUCUCAGGGAAGUUGUAUGGUACUUGCAGACUGGCCACAUCACUCCCGUCAGGCCUAGGAAAGCUUUUAAUGCCUCGGAGAUCGAAGACGCAUUCCGCUACAUGCAACAGGGCCAGCAUCUUGGCAAGAUCGUUGUCUCAAUCAGAAACACUGAUGGUGAUCUAAGAAUUGACACUGCCUCUGUCAAGGCGACAAAGGAACUGAACCUGGACAGUGAGGCAUCUUACUUGCUCAUCGGUGGACUUGGUGGACUCGGGCGAGCAGUGGCGAGACACUUGGUUGAGCGCAACGCUCGCCGUGUGGUGUUCCUCUCCAGAAGCGCUGGAAAUGGCCCAGAAGACCCUGACACUGUUAAGGAGCUUGAAAGUAUGGGUUGUGAUAUUCGUCUCGUCAAGGGAAGUGUUCUGCAGCAAGAGGAUGUGUCCCGGGCUUUGGACCAAGCUCCAAAUCUCAAGGGAAUUAUCCAAUGUUCUAUGGUUCUUCGUGACGAAAACUUCGGACGUAUGAGCAUAGACGAGUGGAGAACUGCGGUGGCGCCUAAGGUCCAAGGGACAUGGAAUAUCCACCACGCUACAGUUGCUGCUGGGAUCAAACUAGACUUCUUUAUCUUGUUCUCGUCCAUGUCUGGAGUUACUGGACAAGCCGGUCAGGCAAACUACGCCGGCGCCAACACUUUCUUGGAUUCCUUUGUGCAGUACAGAACAAGCCUGGGUCUCGCAGCAUCUUCCCUGGAUAUUGGAGCAGUGCAGGAUGUUGGUUACGUUUCGCAAGACGAUGCCCUUCUGAAGAGGAUGAAGCUCGCAAGUGCACAUGGAAUUACGGAGCCUGAGCUAAUGGAAGCUGUUAGCGCAGCUGCUCUGUUCCCUGCCACUUCCCGGACUAAUUGCGACACCCUUGCCGAGCCUUUCGUUGACAAGAACACUAUUGCACUGGGUCUAUCGACAGCAAUUCCCCUUAGCAGCUCUGAAAGCCGUGCAUUCUGGAGAAAGGACGAGAGAAUGGCCGCCUACCACAACUCUUCCAAGCUCAGUGCGGGAGCCUCUACCUCGAACAGUGACAAUCUCAAGUCGUUCAUGGCGCGAGCCAAAGGAGACGCGAGCAUUCUCAGCACUGAGGAAGCGAGAAUAUUCCUUGCUGAAGAAAUAGGCAAAAAGCUGUUUAUGUUCCUUUUGAAGUCGCCGGAGGACCUGGAUACGUCUGCGUCACUCUCCCAGCUGGGAAUGGACUCUUUGGUUGGUGUCGAGAUGCGCAGUUGGUGGAGGCAGGCAUUCGGGUUUGAUAUCAGCGUCCUUGAGCUGCUGGGUAUGGGAAACCUGGAUGGGCUGGGUAAGCAUGCGGCGGAAGGAGUCCUGAAGACACUGAGUGAAGAAUUUGCGUAG